AUGAUCUUCACUGUGGAGGAAAUCAAUCGGGACCCGGUCCUUUUGCCCAACUUCACACUCGGCUACCUGGCAGCAGACACCUGCCUGAGUGAGGGGACCACCCUGAGUACUGCACUGUCACUAGUGUCGGGGCAGGAGGAGGCCAUUUCUGGAGAACAGUGUUCCAGGGCCCCCACUGUGCCUGUCAUUAUUGGUGAUGCCCGUUCCUCUGCUUCCAUAGUGGUAGCUGAUACACUGGGAGUUUUUGGUAUCCCCAUGGUCAGCUACUAUGCUUCCUGUGCAUGUCUCAGUGAUCGUAAAAGAUUCCCCACUUUCUUGCGCACAGUUCCCAGCAAUGCCUUCCAAGCUAAAGUCAUGGCACGCCUGCUACGCCUCAUGGGCUGGUCCUGGGUGGGAGUUGUCUAUGGAGAUGACGCCUAUGGGGAAAGUAGUGUGCAGCUGUUGCAGCAGGAAUUGGAGGGCUCAGAUGUGUGCAUAGACUACUUAGAAGUCAUUCCCAAAUCCUACACACUAAGCAGGAUCAGGCGAAUUGUAGAGAGAAUACAGAUCUCCAAGCCUCAGGUGGUGGUGAUCUUUGCCAUCGGCCCAGAUACGGAGGUCUUGCUGAGGGAAGUGGUGAAGCAGAAUGUAACAAAUAGGCAGUGGAUUGCCACAACAGCCUGGAGCACGUCAGGUUACUUCUCUCUAUGGAGUGGCCACUCCUUAGCAGGCACCAUUGGCUUAGCUCUACGAAGCAUUGAAGUCAAAGGUUUGAGCUCUUAUCUAAUGCAGCUGAGCCCAGAGGAGCUCCCAAAGGAGCAGCUGGUACAGAACGUUUGGGAGGAACUGUUUGGGUGCAGAUUUGGAGAGGAAAUCCAGUCAGAACCUCCACAACCACAAUGCACAGGCUUGGAGAAAAUGCAGAUACAAGUACAGGAGGCCAUGUUUGAUGGCAUGUACAAUGUGUAUAAAGCUGUGUAUGCUAUUGCAAAUGCUAUUCAGGACAUGCUGGACUGUCAGCCUGGAAAAGGGCCCUUCAAGGGUGGAAGGUGUCCUGAUAUCAAGCCAAUAAAUCCUGAACAGCUCCUGCACUACCUAAAGGCAGUAACGUUCACAACACCAGUGGGCGACCUUGUUUAUUUUGACAAAAACGGGGAUCCACCCGCCUCAUAUGACAUCAUUAACUGGCAUAUAGGAUCUGAAGGAAAAUUAGAUUUUGUAAAAGUGGGGCAGUUUGAUGCAGCAAGAGAACCAGACCAAGACUUGCAGUUAGACCUAAAGAAAGUGAUCUGGGGAGGAGGCUGGGGUGACAAGGUGCCCGUGUCUGUGUGCAGUGAGAGCUGUCCCUUGGGAACCCGGAAGGCUGUGCAAAAAGGAAAGCCUGUCUGCUGCUAUGACUGCAUACCAUGUGCAGCAGGGGAGAUCAGCAAUGCUACUGACUCCACAGAGUGCAUUAAGUGCCCAGAACGGUUCUGGUCCAACACUGACCGGACAGAGUGCAUCCCAAUGUUAGUUGAAUUCCUCUCCUUUCAAGAUAACAUGGGCAUCAUCCUCUCUGUGCUGUCAGUAGCUGGAGCAACACUUACAGGGACUGUCUUCAUCGCCUUCUUCCAUCAUCGAGAUACACCCCUGGUCCGCGCCAACAACUCAGAGCUGAGCUUCCUGCUGCUGCUGUCACUCAAACUCUGCUUCCUGUGUGCACUGGCUUUCAUUGGCCGACCAGCGCCUUGGUCCUGCAUGCUGCGCCAUACACUAUUUGGGAUCACUUUUGUGGUGUGCCUGGCCUGUGUUCUCAGUAAGACAGUGGUGGUCCUUUUUGCCUUCAGGGCGACUCUGCCUGGCUCAGAUGUAAUGAAGUACUUUGGCCCUGUUCAGCAGAGGGCAGGUAUCUUCUUCUGUACACUGGUGCAGGUGGGAAUCUGUGUGCUGUGGCUGGUGCUGGCACCUCCUCUGCCCACAGAAAGUGCAGGAGGUGAGCUUGGAGCCCGGGUGGUGCUACUCUGUGCAGUAGGCUCAGUCAUAGGCUUCUCCCUGGUGCUGGGCUACAUCGGUCUGCUGGCUGCCAUCUGUUUCCUGCUGGCCUUCUUUGCCCGGAAGCUUCCAGAUAAUUUCAAUGAGGCCAAAUUCAUCACCUUCAGCAUGCUGAUCUUCUGUGCAGUGUGGAUCACUUUUGUGCCAGCAUACAUCAGCUCUCCAGGGAAGUACACUGUGGCUGUGGAGGUCUUUGCCAUCUUGGCCUCCAGUUACGGCCUCCUACUGUGUAUAUUUGCCCCAAAGUGUUACAUAAUCUUACUCCGACCAGAAAGGAAUACAAAAAAGAACAUGAUGGUAAUGGCUGUGGAUGCAUGGCUGUGGGCACUGGGACUCUUGGCUGGGCCUGUCUGGGUGCACUCUCUGGGACUCUCAUGUACUCUUCAGAGCAGGUCCAUCUCAGGGAGCCUGUAUAAGGAAGGAGAUGUGAUUCUUGGAGGUCUGUUUCCUGUUCACACUAUAGCUCCUGCACCCGAUUAUGUAUUCACUCAAAGACAAAGAGGUCGUUGUCAAAGUGUUGAUCUACGCUCAUAUCACUGGCUUCAGACCAUGAUCUUCACUGUGGAGGAAAUCAAUCGGGACCCGGUCCUUUUGCCCAACUUCACACUCGGCUACCUGGCAGCAGACACCUGCCUGAGUGAGGGGACCACCCUGAGUACUGCACUGUCACUAGUGUCGGGGCAGGAGGAGGCCAUUUCUGGAGAACAGUGUUCCAGGGCCCCCACUGUGCCUGUCAUUAUUGGUGAUGCCCGUUCCUCUGCUUCCAUAGUGGUAGCUGAUACACUGGGAGUUUUUGGUAUCCCCAUGGUCAGCUACUAUGCUUCCUGUGCAUGUCUCAGUGACCGUAAAAGAUUCCCCACUUUCUUGCGCACAGUUCCCAGCAAUGCCUUCCAAGCUAAAGUCAUGGCACGCCUGCUACGCCUCAUGGGGUGGUCCUGGGUGGGAGUUGUCUAUGGAGAUGACGCCUAUGGGGAAAGUAGUGUGCAGCUGUUGCAGCAGGAAUUGGAGGGCUCAGAUGUGUGCAUAGACUACUUAGAGGUCAUUCCCAAAUCCUACACACUAAGCAGGAUCAGGCGAAUUGUAGAGAGAAUACAGAUCUCCAAGGCUCAGGUGGUGGUGAUCUUUGCCAUCAGCCCAGAUACGGAGGUCUUACUGAGGGAAGUGGUGAAGCAAAAUGUAACAAAUAGGCAGUGGAUUGCCACAACAGCCUGGAGCACGUCGGGUUACUUCUCUCUAUGGAGUGGCCACUCCUUAGCAGGCACCAUUGGCUUAGCUCUACGAAGCAUUGAAGUCAAAGGUUUGAGCUCUUAUCUAAUGCAGCUGAGCCCAGAGGAGCUCCCAAAGGAGCAGCUGGUACAGAACGUUUGGGAGGAACUGUUUGGGUGCAGAUUUGGAGAGGAAAUCCAGUCAGGACCUCCACAACCACAAUGCACAGGCUUGGAGAAAAUGCAGAUACAAGUACAGGAGGCCAUGUUUGAUGGCAUGUACAAUGUGUAUAAAGCUGUGUAUGCUAUUGCAAAUGCUAUUCAGGACAUGCUGGACUGUCAGCCUGGAAAAGGGCCCUUCAAGGAUGGAAGGUGUCCUGAUAUCAAGCCAAUAAAUCCUGAACAGCUUCUGCACUACCUAAAGGCAGUACAGUUCACAACACCAGUAGGUGAGCUUGUCUACUUCGACAAAAACGGGGAUCCACCCGCCUCAUAUGACAUCAUUAACUGGCAUAUAGGAUCUGAAGGAAAAUUAGAUUUUGUAAAAGUGGGGCAGUUUGACGAAGCAAGAGCACCAGACCAAGACUUGCAGUUGGACCUAAAGAAAGUGAUCUGGGGAGGAGGCUGGGGUGACAAGGUGCCCGUGUCUGUGUGCAGUGAGAGCUGUCCCUUGGGAACCAGGAAGGCUGUGCAAAAAGGAAAGCCUGUCUGCUGCUAUGACUGCAUACCAUGUGCAGCAGGGGAGAUCAGCAAUGCUACUGACUCCACAGAGUGCAUUAAGUGUCCAAAACGGUUCUGGUCCAACACUGACCGCACAGAGUGCAUCCCAAUGUUAGUUGAAUUCCUCUCCUUUCAAGAUGACAUGGGCAUCAUCCUCUCUGUGCUGUCAGUAGCUGGGGCAACACUUACAGGGACUGUCUUCGUCCGCGCCAACAACUCAGAGCUGAGCUUCCUGCUGCUGCUGUCACUCAAACUCUGCUUCCUGUGCGCACUGGCUUUCAUUGGCCGACCAGCGCCUUGGUCCUGCAUGCUGCGCCAUACACUAUUUGGGAUUACUUUUGUGGUGUGCCUGGCCUGUGUUCUCAGUAAGACAGUGGUGGUCCUUUUUGCCUUCAGGGCGACUCUGCCUGGCUCAGAUGUAAUGAAGUACUUUGGCCCUGUUCAGCAGAGGGCAGGUAUCUUCUUCUGUACACUGGUGCAGGUGGGAAUCUGUGUGCUGUGGCUGGUGCUGGCACCUCCUCUGCCCACAGAAAGUGCAGGAGGUGAGCGUGGAGCUCGGGUGGUGCUGCUCUGUGCAGUGGGAUCAGUCAUAGGCUUCUCCCUGGUGCUGGGCUACAUCGGUCUGCUGGCUGCCAUCUGUUUCCUGCUGGCCUUCUUCGCACGGAAGCUUCCAGAUAAUUUCAAUGAGGCCAAAUUCAUCACCUUCAGCAUGCUGAUCUUCUGUGCAGUGUGGAUCGCCUUUGUGCCAGCAUACAUCAGCUCUCCAGGGAAGUACACUGUGGCUGUGGAGGUCUUUGCCAUCCUGGCCUCCAGUUACGGCCUUCUACUGUGUAUAUUUGCCCCAAAGUGUUACAUAAUCUUACUCCGACCAGAAAGGAAUACAAAAAAGAAUAUGAUGGCCAAAUAG